GUGGCCCCGCCGUGCCCGCGUCCCGCCGGUCGCUGUCCCUUCAGCACCGCCGCGUGUCCCCCGGUGCCCGCCGUGCCCCCGGUGCCCCCCGGCGCUGUCCCUUCAGCACCCCGCGCGUGCCCGCUGUCCCUCGGGUCCCCCCCUCCGGUGUCCGUUCAGCACCGGGCUCGUUCCGGGCGGGGCAGACCCCGCCCCCGCCGCCCCCGCCGUUUCCGGGUUCCUGUGCCCCCCCCCGCGGCCCCCGGCCCGGCGGGGCGGCUCGGCAGCGCCCUCCGCUCCCACCGGCCCCGCCACCGGCCCGGCGGGAGGCGACCGGGGGCGAUCAGGAUGCCCCAGGAGCGCGGCCCUGUCCCACCAUGUCGGUCUCCAAGCUGCAGGACACGGACGAGGUUUUUGAUUUUACCGCUGUGGUUCCAGAGACGCCGCGCUUGGACAGCAGCCUGCACAAGGCCCGCGCCCGGCUCCUGGCCCGCGGCCGCCGCCAGCGGCCCUCGCGCUCCCGCCUGCGCGACAGCGCCAGCUCCACCGAGGGCGACGAGGGGCCCGAGGCCACGGGCACUGAGGGUGAGGGCAGCCCCCCGGCCCCCUCGCCCUUCUCCCGCACCGAUGACUUCUCCUUCGAGCCGGGGGUGGCACGGCCUGGCCUGGGGGAACCCCCGGCCCCCACGCCCCCCCUCAGCCGCUACCGGCCCCUCACCAACACCCCGUCCCAGGAGGGGCUCUCGGGCCCCCCCGCGCCCCAGUCCAGCUCCGACAGCUCCCCCGGCUUUGCCCGCCGCGAUCCCCGGCCCCGGCAGCACAGCGAAGAUGACAGCCGGGACAUGAGCCCCCCCUCGCCCGCCAGCCCGACUGUGGGGCUCGAUAAGAAAACACGGAGGAAGUUCUUGGAUUUGGGGGUGACCCUGCGCCGGGCAUCCUCUGGGAAGAGCCGCAAGGAGAAGAGCAGCAACCGCCUGUCCAUGGGCAGCAGGGAGGUGGCGGAGGGGCCCGGCCGCCCCUCGGGGUCCCCGUUCCUGCCCUUCUCGUGGUUCUCGGACAGCGCCAGGGGCUCCAGCUCGCCCGGCCCCGCGUCCCCCGCGGGCUCCCCCCGGCACGAGGGGCUCAGCCCCGCCAAAUCCGCCUCGCAGGACUCUGAGCUGAGCGAGGAUUCGCCGCCGUCCAGCGCCAGCCCCCGCCUGCCCGGCCCCCCCAAGUGCUCGUACCCCUACCACACCCUGUCCCAGUCCUCGGACGAGCUGCUGGAGGAGCCGGCGGGCGCGGCCGAGGGCUGGACGUGCGGCCAGGUGGGGCAGUGGCUGCAGAGCCUGGGCCUGGAGCGCUACGUGCGGGAAUUCGCGGAGCGCGGCGUGGACGGGCCCCGCCUGCUGCUCCUCGACGGGGCCAAGCUCAAGGCGCUGGGCGUGGGCAGCUCCCAGGACCGCGCGGUGCUCAAGCGGCGGCUGAAGGAGCUGAGCCUGGCGGCCGAGCGGGAGCGCAAGGCCCGCGACAAGGCGGAGAAGCAGCGCGAGAAGCAGAAGAAGAAGGACCAGGAGCAGCGGAGGAGCUGAACGGGGGGGGGUCCCCGCACCCCCUUCCCCACCCACAGCCCCCCGGGACGCACCCCCGGGGACACGGGGCACGGCCAAGGGACAGCGGCUCCAGCCGCCCCCUCCCCGCCCGGCCCGGCCCCCCCGGCCCCUUUCCGGAGGGCACUUGGGCACCCCCAGCCCGUCCUGCCACCCUCACCUGUCACCACCCCAUCCCGCACCGCUGGCACAAGAGGGGACAGGGCAUGGCCCGACCCCCUCCACACGGGCACCCCCAAAUUGGGGGCAGGGAAUGAAC